GGACUCCUUUUCCCAUAGGGAUGAAUGUCAAAGAAGUUCUCAAUUCUAUGGUGAUUAAUAUUCAGGGCCCACUGCCAGCAGAAUAACCUUCCUCUACCUCCUUUCAUCUUUUUAUAAAAUUUAGGCUUCCCAGAGUGUUCUAGCCUCUGCCCAGCUGUACCAUGGCUCGUGCUUUUGUCAUCCUCCCCUUAUUGAGAGGCUCUGCUGGAAUAUUCUGCCCUCAGGCUGCAGUGUCACCACGGAGGCCCAAAGGCUGGCGUCACUUCACCGGGAGCUGCAUAAUGAAAUCCCAGAAGAAAAGCAAUCACUUGGAGAGGACAGCAGAAAUCUUUCGGGACAAGAUUGUGUCUUCUGCUAAAGUGUGUGGGCUUGCCGAUGAAUCAGAAACCGUCCGAAGGCUCCGUUUGCUGGUCGCCAAUAAAGACUUUACUUUCAAAGCUGGCCAGUGGGUUGAUUUCUUUAUUCCUGGUGUUCCCGUGACUGGUGGAUUCUCGAUUUGUUCAAGCCCGAGCCUGUUAAAACAAGAAAGUGUUUUGGAAUUAGCAGUGAAAUAUACCAACCAUCCUCCCUCCCUCUGGGUCCAUACCAAGUGUACGCUUGGCUCAGAAGUGGCCCUUCGAGUUGGUGGAGAGUUCUUCUUUGACCCUCAGCCUUCAGAUUCUCCUGUGAACCUGGUGCUCGUAGCUGGUGGAGUGGGGAUCAACCCUCUCAAUUCCAUCCUGCUGCAUGUAGCUGAUCUUUACAGACAUCGGGAGAGGAAAGGAACUGGUUAUGAGAUGGGAAGAGUCAGACUGUUGUACAGUGCAAGAAAUACCGGCGAGUUGUUGUUUAAGAAAAGCAUUCUCAAUUUAACAAAUGCAUUUCCUGGGAAAAUCAUGUGUAGUUUCUAUGUUACACAACAGACUACAGAAAUCAGUGAAGAGCUUCUGCCAUAUGUUACUGAGGGAAGGAUCCCUGACAAGGAUCUGGAGGAGCACAUCUCCAAGGACACUUUGUAUUUUCUCUGUGGCCCGCCACCAAUGAUAGAACACUUCUCUCACCAUCUAGAAACCUGUAAGGUCCCCAGAGAGCGCAUUUGUUUUGAAAAGUGGUGGUAGAAGUGGAGAUGAAGGAGAGAGACGGGCGUUAGCUCACGACACUGACCAGGACUGGUUCUGUGCCACGUGUAUGCUGAGGCCACAGGCCUCCCCGGGGCUUCCCCAGUGCUGCCCAGUGAGGUGACUUGCCAAUGAAAGGAGAUGAGGAUGAAGAAGUGUGUACAUGGUGAAAAGCACUAAGAAGACAAAAUCUGAGCAAAGGUAUCAUUGAUGACAGUAUGUGGAUAAGUUACCUGAAUUUCCUUGAUUUAAACCCUCACGGAUCUUAUAAUGCUCCCCACAUUGGGCCAUUAUUGAUUUUUGGCAUUUUUUCCAGAGAAGGCGGGCGUGGCAAGAAUGAUUUAGAUUUAUCCCUAAAUAUCUGAAACCAUCAGAUUUGGUUGUGAAAUAUUGUCUACGUAAAACUUCUCUUUUACAGAAAACUUGUGUCAUUUAUGUGCAAUAAACUUCUAUUUUAAUCAGA